AUGUUGAGACAACAAUUAAGAUUAUUUCAAAGGAUUGGAUCUUAUUCAUCGUCUUCUUCUUCUUAUCGUUCGAUAUCAUCAUCUUUGUCAUCAUUCAACUACUAUCAGACAAAUGAAAAUAUAACAACAUAUCGAUAUUACACUGCUAAUACUAGCGGUCAAGAAGAUAAACUACGAAUAAAAGAUGAACAAAUAAAAGAGGAUGGACAACAACAAAAGGAGGAAGAUAAACAACAACAACAAAAAAAUAAAGAGGAAAUAGAACAAGAAGAAUAUUUAGGUCCAAUGAAGAUUUUAAUGCAAGGAAGUUUAGCUUUAAUACAAGCACUUGGACUAGCUUAUUUAAUACAUAAAUAUGUAGUUAGAAGAACUUAUUGUGUUGGAAGAUCAAUGGAUCCUACUUUAUUGGAUGGUGACAAUGUUUUGGUAGACAUGAGAAAAAGUGCAAUUGAUAGUGUUCAAGUUGGUGAUUUAGUAGUGAUAGAUACACCGACAAAAGCAGAAUUCAAUUCUGGAAAGAGAGUCAGGUUUGUAGGUGGUGAUAUUGUUGAAUUUGAUCAUCCAUCCUAUGGUAAACGAAAAGUAACCAUUCCAAAAGAUUUCAUUUGGGUUGAAGGUGAUAAUGCACAAGCAUCAUUUGAUUCUCGUCAUUAUGGUCCUAUUCCAAAACAUUUCAUUCGUGGUAAAUUGGCUUAUAGAGUAAGAUUUAAAGAGAUUUAA